AUGGCUGCCAUUGUUGCAUGGGGAAAGCUGAAGAACGUCCAAGAAGCAGAGGAAAUUUUUGAUAGAGUUUUAAAAACAUGGAAGAAGCUUUCCUCGAAACAAUACUCUACCAUGUUGAAGGUCUAUGCAGACAAUAAGAUGCUGACGAAGGGCAAGGAUCUAGUCAAGCAGAUGGCAGACAGCGGUUGCCGAAUCGGUCCAUUAACAUGGGAUGCAGUUGUGAAACUCUAUGUGGAAGCUGGGGAGGUAGAAAAGGCAGAUUCUUUCUUGCAGAAGGCAGUCCAGAAAAACCAGAUGAAGCCAUUGUUUACCUCUUACAUGGUUAUCCUGGAUCAGUAUGCAAGGAGGGGUGACGUCCACAAUGCAGAGAAAAUGUUUCAUAGGAUGAGACUAUCAGGUUACGUGGCUAGAUUCAGCCAGUUUCAAGCUCUAAUACAGGCAUACAUUAAUGCCAAGGCUCCAGCCUACGGCAUGAAAGAGAGAAUGAAGGCAGAUAAUGUGUUUCCAAACAAAGCUUUGGCAGGAAAAUUAGCCCAAAUCGAUGCAUUCAGGAAGACAGCAGUGUCGGAUUUACUUGACUGA